CUAUAUGCUGUGGUUUUGGCUUCGCACAUAUGGUUUGUUAACCUAAAAAAUUACCGCCUUAAGUUGAGAUGAAUGCGACGAUUAAUUAUAAUAUUUUAGUAAUCCAUCUAAUUAAAACUGAUAAAUAUACAACUGAACGUUUCAGUUGAAUUGGUUUCCUAGAUAUUAAAAUUUUUUAAAUUAACAUUAUUACCUAAAAAUGGUUCAAGCGAGCGAAAGUGAUAUCUUGGCUAUAGGCGGAGUUCUGAAUGAUUCCGCCAGACCUCUGAAAGAAAGAUUUCGCGCUCUGUUCACUUUGAAGAACAUUGGUGGUGCAACGGCGAUAGAUCAGAUCCAUGCGUGCUUCAAGGAUCCAUCGGCACUGUUGAAACACGAACUUGCAUACUGUCUGGGUCAGAUGCGAGAUCCUGCUGCCAUUAGUAUCUUAACAAGUGUCCUGGAGGAUUUGUCACAGGAGCCGAUGGUACGUCAUGAGGCUGGAGAAGCAUUAGGUGCUAUCGGUGAUACAAGUGUGAUUCCGUUGUUAGAAAAGUAUUGCAAAGAUCCUGUACCUGAAGUAGCUGAGACGUGUGAGUUGGCCCUAAACAGAUUGAGAUGGUUAAAUUCUAACGAUAAUGAUAAGGACUUGCAAAGUAAUCCCUACUCGACCAUUGAUCCCGCGCCACCAGCAAAGAUAACAGAUGUGAGUGUUCUAAAGGAUAUUUUACUGGAUGAGAGCAAAUCGCUGUUCGACAGAUAUAGAGCGAUGUUCUCACUAAGAAACUUGGGCACCACAGAGAGCAUUCUUGCCCUUGCGGAAGGUUUGAAGACUGGCAGCGCCCUGUUCAAGCACGAGGUAGCGUUUGUGCUGGGACAACUUCAAAACGAGGCGUCCGUGCCGGGGUUACAAGCAUCGCUGGAGGACACGGAAGAGAACGAGAUGGUCAGGCACGAGUGUGCGGAAGCCUUGGGUUCCAUCGCCACUCCCGAGUGCUACGAGAUAUUGAACAGAUACCUCAACGAUAGUAAAAGAGUCGUCCACGAGAGCUGCGUCAUCGCUUUGGACAUGUGCGACUAUGAGAACAGUGCAGAAUUUCAAUACGCAGAUACGCUGACCAAACUUCCUGCUGCAUGAAGAUAUUUGGUUUUCCGAAAUGUUUUAUUUAUAUUGUAUAUUGUAUAAUAUAAUUUUUUUCCAUCCUGAAUGAAAAAAGAGAAAUGUAAAUUAUUCCUUUUAGUCAAGUCAAAAAUUUUUAUUCCCAUGUUUUAACAUAAAGAGAGAUAAAGAAUUGUUACAUUCCUUAUAUCUUGAAUAUAUUUUUCUGACCUGCAAAUUUCUGAUAUUCUAUUUUCUUUUUGCUAUUUUUUUAUACUCUGAGAAUCCUGUGAAAUUAAUGAUUGAUCUGUACUUAAUUGUAAUUGAAUUCAAUAAUUAAGAACUCUAA